AUGCCCUUGCGCGUUACUUCGGCUCCCGUUUCUGGUAUCAGGAAGAACCGAAAACCCGCUACCCCCAGGCCGCGGGCCUCUCCCUUCGCCGCCCAUGCCCGUCGCAAACCUUCGGCGCCGUCAUCAUCAUCCGGCAUCUCCAAGAUUUCCAGCGAGCAGGAUGAGUACGAGCAAGGACCCCUUCCGGAUUUCGGACCAUCACGAUACAUCCCCGAAACUGCUCCCGUAACAGAUGUGGUCGAGGCUCUCCAGUACAUUCGCAACAGCAUGUUUGAAGAUCUGCCCCGCCGAGCGGGCAUGAAUAGCACGCGCAUCGCCGAGGUUCUCAACUUCCGUCGCUCCCUGCCUCCCCUCGCCUCCGUCGCACACGUUCAUACUCUGCUGGAAGCGCCCACCAAAGUUGAGAAGGAAAUCAUGGAGCUAGUUCGCGCCGGUCGGGUCCGCCGCUUGAUUGUCCCCGGGAGAGGGAAUGAUGCCGCGGGCUUAGGCGAUUGCUUAGUGUUGAGCGAGGAAUGGGACCGCUUGGUGUUAGAUAGCCCUGCAUUGGAAGCACCCCUGAAAGAGAAAUUUCUUGCGCUGCUUGGUCGGAUCGGAAACACAUGUGCAAUCCCCGGAGCCGCUUUCGCUCCGCCGGAGUGUAUGGCCCUGGUCCGGGCUGGAUUUCUCGUCUCUUCCUCGUCCCUCGCAAAAGGCUCAUCCUGCUUAGCUUCCCUCCCUAUUCUCCCUACAACCUCGACUACUCCAGCCUCCGCAAGCCGAAGUGGCGCUUACUCACCAAACGAGGUUGGAGCGAACCCUCGCUCAUCAUCAACUACCGCGACACUCUUUCUUUCGCUUCCAAACACAGGCCCCUACCUUCGUCUACUGAGCGCUGGCCGCUCACACCUCCUUUCUCUUCUGAAAAGGUCUAGCUCGAACGAGGUCCCUGUAUACCUCCUGCGUGACCGUUGGGAUGGGGCAGUCGAGAGUGAAAAGAGCUUCAGUGUGGCGAAGAGAGUUCGGGGCGAGUUUUCCGGCAUCUUGCCAGGCCGGACGAAAAAAUACAAGGAGCUCUACGGGAUGAACUUCCGCUGGGUUCUGGAGGAGGCGCUCGGGGCGGGGUUGGUCGAAAUCUUCGACACUGGCAGCGUUGGCCCCGGGGUGCGUUGCCUGUGA